AUGUCUGAUCCAAAUGUUGAUCCUUAUGGAUACUUGGGAAUUAUUUUCAACACUGAUGGCUCUAUCACACGUUUCCAAAUCCCACCUCGUCCAUUUUUUACUACUAUUCCUGAUCAUGAUCCCUCUGUCUUUAUAAAAGAUCUUGUCAUUAACCCUGUGAAAGACACGUGGGCUCGUAUUAUCAUCCCUCGUGAAGUACUCAACUCGGAAAAUAAACUACCUCUUGUAGUAUAUUUUCAUGGUGGAGGAUUUGUAAUGGCAAUUACUGUAAACACACCGAUUUUACAAAAAUUUUGUGCAACACUUGCGGUUGAAAUUCCAGCAAUAAUUGUAUCGGUUGAUUACCGAUACGCCCCCGAAAAUCGACUCCCAGCAGCGUAUGAUGAUUGUGUGGAAUCGUUAUAUUGGAUCAAAAAUACCCCUAACGAGCUGUUGAAAAAAUAUGCUGAUUUUUCAAAGUGUUUUCUAUUGGGCACUAGUUCUGGUGGCAACAUAGCGUACAACGUAGGACUACGUGUAGCUGGAGUUGGUGAAAAUCUUAAGCCUUUAGAAAUCAAAGGGUUAAUUUUAUAUCAUAGUCUUUUUGGUGGAAAUGAGAGGACAAAAUCGGAAUUAAGAUUAGCUCACGAUAAGAUGCUGCCCCUUAAUGUGAGUGAUAUUAUGUGGGAGCUAGGGUUGCCUAUUGGUAGCGAUCGCGAUCAUCCAUAUUGUAAUCCGAUGGUGGAGAUUCGAUCAAAUGAAAAUUUGUUUGAUCAAGUGAAAAUACAAGGUUGGAAGAUUCUGAUCAUUGACUGUGAUGGUGAUCCUUUGGUCGAUCGACAGAUUGAGUUUUCAAAGAUGUUGAAGGCAAAAGGUGUGCAAGUUGUGGAUUGUUUUAGUGAAGGAGGAUUUCAUGGUUGUGAGUAUUUUGAUGGCAUGAAGUUGAAGGAAUUGACCCUUGUUGUAAAGGAAUUUAUGAGAAGUAAUUAA